AUGCGCCAGAUGUACUGGGACGACGAGCUCGCCAGCACCGCGCAGCGCUGGGCUGACAGGUGCGACAGCUUCUACACGACGCGGCCGCACGACGAGUGCCGCGACUCGCCGCGCUUCCCCGUGGGGCAGAACGUCGUGACGACCGCCUACAACUUCCCGCUGCCGAAGGACGUGCGGUCGCGCGUGCGCGAGUGGUACAACGAGAUCGAGGACUUCGACCCGUCGUGGGUGUCGUCGUUCAGCUUGCAGCCGGUCGAGGACCGGCCGACGGCGCACUACACGCAGCUCGUCUGGGGCUGGACCUACCUGCUGGGCUGCGGGCGCGCCGUCUUCCACGAGCUGAUCCACGGCGAGCUGUGGAUGGUGGAGCGGCUGGUGUGCAACUACGGGCCAAGCGGCAACUUCCUGGGGCUGCCGCUGUACGAGGAGGGUGACCCGUGCUCCAGGUGUCCCAACGGCACCCGCUGCAGCGACACCUACCCGGGACUCUGCCAGAUCGACGAGAAGUACAACGCCACGACGACGCCGCUGCCGCCGCUCUGGAGCUUCACGACGCGGCCGCCAGGCGGCAGCACCAGCAAGAGCCCGGCCGCGGACGGCGGCGGCUCCACGCAGCGAGCGACUGUGGCGCCAUCCACGACCACACUGCAGGCGCGGCCCACGACCACCGAGAAGGCGCGCUCCAGCACGGAGGGGACGCGGCCCACGACCAUGCUGCGGGUGACAACGGCGCCGCCGGUAACCGAGACCACGGCGGCGACGACCGCGUCUUCCGCCGGCUCCACAGAGUCCGAGGCCGUGACGGACGAGGGGACGACCACGGAAGCAGUGGCGACGACAACAGAGCCGGUGACGACGGAGGUCGUCGCCACAGAGGCUGCGGCCGAGAACAGCAUAGCGGAAUAG